AUGGACAACUCUCCCCCCAAGAAGAAAAAGAAAAAACAGCGAAGUUACAGUGUCCGCAAGAAGCGGGACGCUGUCCGGCGGAUACAGGAGGUCGGAGUGGAGGAGGUGGCCCGGGAGCUGCACUUCACUGGCCACGCCACCUCCAAGACGAUGAAGAGAAAGGGACGUCAAGCAUCGUGCUGA